CAAGUGAAAAUGCCGCUCGCCAAGGAUUUCUUGCAUCCGCUGCCCGCUGAGGAGAAGAGGAAGCACAAACUGAAGCGUUUGGUGCCCCAUCCCAACUCGUACUUCAUGGACGUCAAGUGCCCCGGCUGCUACAAGAUCACCACCGUCUUCAGCCAUGCCCAGAGCGUCGUAGUGUGUGCCGGUUGUUCGACGAUCCUGUGCCAGCCGACCGGUGGCAAGGCCCGUCUGACCGAGGGCUGCUCGUUCCGCAGGAAGCCGUACUAA